AAGUAGUGAUCAUAAAUUUACAGUGUGCUCGCUUCCUUGCUGGUCACAGAUACUUUUGUUUUCUCAGCAUUGAGCACUCACUUCCUCCUCUGAGUAAUAAGAGCAACUUCACACAGACCAGUCUGCCUCUCACAGCAACUGACUUACUGACUAACUGAGUGAUUAAAUGACUGACUGUGUGCAGCUCACACACAGAGAGACUGUCAGAGGGACCUGCUCCGAUCCACGGCUAGCUGAAUGUGAGGGAAAAAAAAGAAGCUCUUCAGAGGAUGUGGUUAGUUGCAGGUUAAAGCAAAGCCUGUGCAAAGCCAAGCAGAGGGAGGAUGUGUCAGAAAAAAACAUCUUUGUCUGUGAAGUCAAGUCCAUUCUACGUGACACAGGUCCCCUUUUGACACCUGUCAACUGUUCCAAAACACAGCCCGUCACUGUGGAGACGCAGAUGAGCCAGAAUAAGGUGGCGAAAAGGAUUGCCCUGACCUACAGUCCUGACAGGACCGAGGAGGAGAAAGACACACUCUGACUCAGUGUUCACGAUGGACCACCAGCAGCAGCACGCCAAAGUGGAACGAUUUCUCAAGUUAGGAUACUCUCACGCUGACAUCCUGAGGGUCCUGGAAAGCCUCCGCCAGGAUGCCCAGACCAAUGACAUCCUGGAGGAGCUGAUAAAGACCUGCCAGACCAGUACCUACAACGAGAAAAGUUUCCCAAACAGUCCCAAGCUGGUGCCAAGAGGCUGCAGCCCCAGUCCCAGUCAGCCCAGACCUGGAGCAGACAGAGAGCUGGUGGUUGGUUUCAGACCAGUAGUCAUAGAUGGAAGUAAUGUGGCCAUGAGUCAUGGCGACAAGAAGGUGUUUUCAUGCCAGGGUCUUCAGCUGGCAGUGAGCUGGUUCUGGGACAAAGGGCUGCGCGACAUCACCGUGUUCGUUCCCCUGUGGAGGAAGGAACAGCCACGACCAGAAACGCCCAUCACAGGUCAGCACAUCCUCCAUGAGCUUGAGAGCAGGAAGAUCCUAGUGUACACACCAUCUCGCUGCGUGAAUGGUAAGAGGGUGGUGUGCUACGAUGACCGCUACAUCGUCAAGCUGGCCUUCGACUCAGAUGGAAUCAUUGUGUCCAACGACAACUACCGUGACCUUCAGACCGAGAAUCCCCAGUGGAAAAAGUUCAUAGAAGAGAGGCUGCUGAUGUACACCUUUGCCAACGACAAGUUCAUGCCUCCAUAUGAUCCUCUGGGCAGAAACGGUCCCACCAUCGAUGACUUCAUGAGGAGGAAGCCCUGGACCCCGGACAACAAGCUGCAGCACUGUCCAUACGGAAAGAAGUGUACCUAUGGAGUGAAGUGCAAGUUCUACCACCCAGAGCGGGCCAACCAAUCACAGCUGUCUGUGGCUGAUGAGCUGAGGGCACUGAGAGACAGAGCCAAGAACUCUUCACCCAAACCGAGCCUGCAGGACACACAAUUCUGCCCUGCUUUGUACCAGCCCGAGCUCGGGUAUAGCUCCUCCACCCCUCCAGCCCUGAGCACAGAGGAGCAGUCACAUAGGGCUUCACCCAGUGAGCAGUUCUUCCAUCAGAGAGACUCCACUAGCCCGGGAAGCGUCCACCACUGUCCAAGCAUAUACGUGGACGAGGCCUUUGGCUCCAUGGAGAGCUCCAUGUCCCGCCUUUACAGCCAAGACAUGCCCUAUAGCGUGGAGCGCCCUACCCACAGCUACAGCAGUGGAGUGGCCAGCUGCAGUCUGGGCAAUGAUGACUUCUCCCUCUCAGAGUCAUUCAGCGGGAACACCAACAGGCCCUGUCUGAGAGGAGAAGGUUGCCAUCCUCACAGCUGCUCACUGUCCUGCAAGCACUCCGCUUAUAGCCUGUGCAUGUGUAGUUACCAACAGACCAGGAAGUCUCCCCAUCACCACCACCAGCAUCCAGCAUGGGCCUCCUGCUCAGCUCUGCCUCCACAUGAAGGGAAAUAUCCCAGCCAUGUUUCAGAGAAGCAGUACUUCAGUCAGCCCUCCAACAGACAGACCCACACAUUGCCCAGGGACCCAUGGGUGCAGGGCAGCCUCUCUGUUGCCCGGCUCAACGGCCGGGACGAGCGCCCAUCCAGCGAGCUGAGGAGAGAGCUGAGGAGCCAGCUGAGCACCCUCUUCCCUCAGAACACAGUGGAGCAGGUGAUGAAUGCUUACCCUGACAUCUCCGACAUGUCUGAACUGAUUCCUCUCAUCCAGAGCUACAGGACCAGCCACAUCCUACUCUAAACUAGAGAGACUAUUUUUUACUGAAACUGAGCCCACAUUGUAUUUUCUCCAAACAGAAGCAAAGUGAAAACAGAUGAAAAUACAACAACUUCUAAAAAGGUUUAAAAUCUUUUUAAAGUGACCGUGAAUUUAUAUUAUUAUCAAUUGUCCGAAAUCUAAUCCUUCUUCUUGAAAAACAUUUUUAUGAAGAAUUCUUAGCAUUAAGAGCUUACUCAGUCUGAUGAUGUCUUGAAAAUGUAGCAGCCUGAACGCUAUUUCUUUAUCCCAGUGUACCAGUGCAAUGCACUACGCUCCGUACAUGCUACUCAUUGUAGCACCGACAAAAGUUUUGCAUGUUAUGCAUUUUGCCUCAAAGUGAGGAACCCUAGAUUGUGUACUUCUGUAAAGAAUGUCAUUCACCUGUGUGCCUGUGAAAUAUAAAGAACUCAAUUCAA